UAUUGACAGCGGAUGUGCGAGAGGAAGCCGCAGCACACACGUGUUUUCUUGCAGGUUUGAAGGUUACAGAAGAAGCUUCAGGGAGCCUCCGUGUCUUCUGUCCAGCGGAGAGGGUCAGCGGGACGGCGUGGGUCGAGGCGGCACUGAAACGCGGACAUGGAUCCCAUGAAGGCGCAGCAGCUGGCGGCGGAGCUGGAGGUGGAGAUGAUGGCUGACAUGUACAACCGAAUGACCAACGCCUGCCACAGGAAGUGCGUCCCGCCACAUUACAAGGAGGCGGAGCUGACGAAAGGCGAGUCGGUCUGCCUGGAUCGCUGCGUGGCCAAAUACCUGGACCUUCACGAGAGGCUGGGACGAAAGCUGACAGAGCUGUCGGUCCAGGACGAGGAGAUGAUGAGGAAGGCGGCUGUUGGCAGCGGAUAGACACUGACAAAGGAGACAGAGUGGUGCAUUGUGGGGGAAUUACAAGGUAAUGGGAUGGGAUUAGCAUGUGAAGACUUGUGUGUUUUAAUAAGAGGGUGGGUAUAUCAAAAUAAAGUAAUGAGGGUCCACCGAGAGAAACUGCCUCCUCAGCGUUAGGGGAUGAUAUAAGGGGCAACAUCGGAGGAUGCCCUGGAGCAGCAGCAGCAGGAGGACAUCUUGGAUCUGCCCCCGGUGGUCUGCCAGCCUCUCUGGAGCUGGAUUUUACAUUCAGCUCGACCUGCUGAAAGUGGACUGGACAUAUAUUUUAUUUCUGUCGUACUUUGUGCUUGUUUUCGGCUGACUUGAGUUCACAUUCGCCAAAUGUCAUCAGGUUAAAGCAAACACAAAGGCUGACUUUAAUGCAGCCGAUGAUCCCAAGUCAACUUUUGAAUUCUGUAAUUUUGUACUUUUUUGUUUUGGGCCGUCUUUAUAAGAUCGACACGCGACAACAUUCAGGUAGAAAUGCAGUAUUCACCGUUACAGGUUGUCUGUUAUGCAGACAUGGUAGGAUUUCUGAGGAGUGUAUUACUAAGCAGGAUUCAGGGGUUUGUGAGGUAUGUUGAGCUUGAAGUUUUCAGCAUCACCGAGUCCGUACUCGGUUUACAGCUUAUUAUGUAUUUGUGCAACUUCGUCCCACUGAAUGGAGCAGAAUAAACUGUUUGCAUCGCGUUGCCGUAGUAACCCACAUGCAUUCAGUUCAUGAUGCAUAAUUUGCAUAAAGAACUAGGCUGAAUUUCUGUCAUUUCUGCAGCUUAUGCAGCACAGAUUAAAAACUGCUUGGUGUGUAAAUUUUAUUGCACAGAACAUUCAAUUAUCAACACUGAUUUCACUUAAAUUCUUAACUAUGAGACAGUGUCAGACCUAAAUUCACUUUUUUCAAUAUGUUUAAUUCUCUAAUGUUAAAAAGCUCUAAUGUUCAGCUGUCACAUCCGAAGCAAGCAGCACAACUGAGAGAUAAAAUAUGUAUAACGUGAUUAAAUAUUUUCGAUCGGCAUUCCUGUCUUACAUCAUUUGCAGUAACAGCGUUGUUUUUUAGAGUAACAAUUUUGAAUGUUCCUCACUGCUUUCUGUUAUUACAGCCUGUUGCUUUUAACGUAGGUGGCGAGUCGUCUCUCCAGGUUUUGCAGAACAAGAGUCAAAUGACGGAUCAGAUGUCCUCUUUUAUGGGAGUGUGGUGAAGAAAACCUGCUAACAAAUAUGGUUUACAGUCCCCUGUUGUCUCUGCUUGAAGUUUUCAGUUUAGUGGAGCCAGCUAACGCAGAACAGGCCCGGCUUUGUCAGUGCACCCCUCUUAAAUCCCAUCAGCUACAAGGAUCAGAGUGUGUAUUGAGUUAAUGAGCCAGGUUGUGCUUUUUUUUACAGGUCUCUAUGCACAGUUUCCUCUUUUUUUUUCUGACCUGGACGGUGCUGUGUUGUCGCAUACAGGCGGCCUGAACUUUGCUCAUUUUGUCAUGUUUAUGUAGACUGUGUUGUCUCAGUGGACCAUGUUUUCUCUAUUUGUAUUUUUUGUCAUAUGCAAACCACAGUGACAGGGCCUCUGUAUAUCGGUGAAGCUGCACACUGUGCUGCUGUUACUCUAAUAAAAAACUGUCAUCCUUUA